GCAUGCUCAGUUCGGCGGCGCAUGCUCAGUUGCGCCCCAAGCAGGGACGGGGGAGAGGGAGUUUUGCCUGUCGCCGGUGGCCGCGAGGGGAGCGUCCAGCAUGAGGCAGAAGAAGAAAGGAGACCUCAGCCAUGCAGAGCUGAUGAUGAUGACAAUAGCUGAUGUCAUUAAACAGCUGAUUGAGGCUCAUGAGCAGGGAAGAGAUGUGAAUCUAAAUAAGGUGAAAACCAAGACGUCUGCUAAGUAUGGGCUUUCUGCACAGCCUCGUUUGGUUGACAUCAUCGCUGCUGUUCCACCUCAGUAUCGCAAGGUGCUGGUACCCAAGCUAAAGGCAAAGCCUAUCCGAACUGCUAGUGGGAUUGCUGUUGUGGCUGUGAUGUGCAAACCGCACAGGUGUCCACACAUUAACUUUACAGGAAACAUAUGUGUAUACUGCCCUGGUGGGCCCGAUUCUGAUUUUGAAUAUUCAACACAGUCUUACACUGGCUAUGAGCCAACAUCAAUGAGGGCCAUUCGUGCCAGAUAUGAUCCUUAUCUUCAGACAAGACAUCGAGUCGAACAGCUGAAGCAGCUGGGCCACAGUGUGGAUAAGGUGGAAUUCAUUGUGAUGGGAGGAACAUUUAUGGCCCUUCCUGAAGACUACAGAGAUUACUUCAUCCGAAACCUUCAUGAUGCUUUAUCUGGACACACUUCCAACAAUGUAUCGGAGGCUGUCCGGUACUCAGAAAGAAGCCUCACAAAGUGUGUUGGGAUCACAAUAGAGACCAGGCCUGAUUACUGCUUGAAGCGGCACCUGAGUGACAUGCUGUCAUAUGGCUGCACAAGGUUGGAGAUUGGAGUGCAAAGUGUCUACGAGGACGUGGCCAGAGAUACCAACAGGGGACACACUGUGAAGGCUGUGUGUGAGUCAUUUCACUUAGCCAAGGAUGCAGGGUUUAAAGUGGUGGCGCACAUGAUGCCUGAUUUGCCGAACAUGGGGCUUGAAAGAGAUGUUGACCAGUUUGUUGAGUUUUUUGAGAACCCUUCUUUUCGCCCUGAUGGCAUGAAACUCUACCCAACUCUAGUGAUCCGUGGUACUGGCCUGUAUGAGCUCUGGAAAUCUGGAAGAUACAAGAGUUAUUCUCCAAGCACCUUAGUGGAUUUGGUGGCUAGAAUUCUGGCUCUUGUACCACCAUGGACACGAGUGUACCGUGUUCAGAGAGAUAUCCCAAUGCCGCUAGUCAGCUCAGGAGUGGAGCAUGGUAACCUGAGAGAACUUGCCUUGGCGAGGAUGAAGGAUCUAGGAACACAGUGUCGUGAUGUGAGGACAAGAGAGGUUGGAAUACAAGAGAUUCAUCAUAAAGUGAGACCAUAUCAGGUUGAGUUAGUUCGAAGAGACUAUGUGGCAAAUGGUGGCUGGGAGACCUUCCUGUCCUAUGAAGAUCCAGAACAGGAUAUUCUGGUUGGCCUUCUACGUUUGCGAAAGUGUUCAGAAGAAUCAUUCAGACCUGAGUUGAAGGGAGGUGUUUCCAUCGUUAGAGAACUGCAUGUGUAUGGUAGCGUGGUUCCAGUGAGCAGUCGUGAUCCUUCCAAAUUUCAGCAUCAGGGAUUCGGUAUGUUGCUAAUGGAGGAAGCAGAAAGGAUAGCCAAAGAAGAGCAUGGGUCAUGGAAAAUUGCAGUGAUUUCAGGAGUUGGCACCAGGAAUUAUUACAGGAAGAUUGGCUAUGAGCUGGAAGGGCCAUAUAUGGUGAAAAGGCUGGACUGAUGCCCUUAACAAGGGGCACGGGAACCCCAUCUUCAGACCAGAUGUGCUGCUGGGAGCAGGGCAGAGAUGAUGCUGACUAACCCUGGCAAGAAAGCUUUGGGGAAGGAAUGCAAGCUUAAAACUGAUGUCUGCUUGUUGCUAAGUAUUUGUUAUGCUGGAGUCCCCAGCCAUUAACUGAAAUCCCUACAGGGAGGGACCCAAUAUUUAUUCUCCUGAGAGACCGUCCAUUGUCAGUGGGGAUCUCAUGAGAGAGCCACUCAUCUUAUUAGCUGACAUGAUACUGCUGGAGUUGGUGCAAUAGUGCAUUGAAACAAGCAGAGUUGUGAUGUUUUUCUGAUUGAAGGUUCUCAUUUUAGGGGGCCCAGUUGAACAUCUUGCUCAUGUUCUAGCCGCAUUUCCAUUAUGAUGUCACUAGCAUCAUGUUUAAAACUUAGGCAUGGAAAGCUUGCAGUCAGUUGAAGUUGGGCUUGCAAGUUACUCGGGAAGCACAAAUAUUGUAUUAUUAUUUUAUGCAUCUAUUUUUAAAUUGGGCUGGCUGUCUUCUCUCCAUACCGAGUAACAAGAUUUAAUUAUUUUGGGGAAGGUGUGUGUGGUGGGGGCAGAGUGGUUUGUAAACAGUUUGGAUAUUGUCAAGAUUCUGAGAUUCACAUUUUGACUAACUCUGCACUAGGGCAGAGUCUGAAUUUUGGAACAUUCCAGCAAUGAGAGAUUCUAAGAAAAGUCUUUUCAGAAGAGUCAGAAUAAGUGUGCGAUGUGAGACCAAGCUACAAACCUCAGUGUGUAAAGGCUGUGUGUUCAGCUAAUUUCCUCACUAUUGCCCACUCCCCUAUAUUGGGGAAUCCUGGGGUACAGUAGGUUUAUAAGUGCUCUUUGUGCUGCAGUAUUUGAGCACUCAGAAGGAUAUUUUUUAAAGCAUUAUGCUAGAUUUUAGCUGCUUGACUCAUUAAAGUCAAUGGGAGCCAUGCAGCAAAAAUUGAAUGGAAUGCAUUAGAAUGUAUCUCUGCAUGAUAGGAGAGAAGCAGCUUGAACUCUUUUAUAGUCUUUCGACCUGAAAUGGGGUUGAAAUCAAGGGAAGCCAUGGGUACCGAGCUCAGCAUUUUACACAUGCUACUCCUAUGAACCUGCCACAAGUCUUCUGGAAGCUUCAGGUGUAAUAGCUGCUCAUAGACACAUGUGAUUAACUUGAAGAGAGUUCCUGCAGUUGUGUUUCAAUGCUGUUCAUUAACUAUGACUGCCACCAGGAUCUAUUGCCACUUCAGAACAUUGGCUCUGGGGUCAUGGGCUAAGAGCUGCUCUGACGUCUGCUGACGCACACCUAACCAAGGAAUGGGAGAAAUAUGGGCAGGCUGUAGACAUGCAUUCUUUCUGGAGAGAAUCUUUUAAUAGAAUUGUGUAAAAAAUAGCUGACAAUAAACUUUAUAUUAUUAAAGUGUGCACUUCUUAAAAGUGUCCUGCAUUUUAAGGCUUCAGCAGCUAAAACGCAUCCAGACCAGUUUAACUCAGAGGUAGGAAAAUUCCAUGCCAUUUUUGCUUUCUAAUGGUGUAUACAGACAGCCUGCUUUUCAAAUAAGAAAAAGGUGGGGUGGGGUGGCGGGGGAUUUGUGCUUGUUUUUUUUACAGGUCUUUUCUAUCUUGCAAGUCUUUGUGGUAACUGAAGAGCUGGUAGAAUUCUGAUGUAAAUACAGAUGAAAUAAAACCUGAUUCAUUGAA